AGACAGCGACUCUUCCGGUUUCACGUAGGAGAGAAAUAUGAUGUGAAAAUCUGAAGCUACCGACAACACAUUAUGAUAAAAACAGCUGUUUAUUCAUCACCACUCACCGUAUGAACAGCGGGGACACUUCACCGGCUCCGUUUGACUGUUAAUGAGAGGAAGCUAAGGUCUCCGGAGCAGCCAUGCCCGUCUCCCUGCUGUGGGCGGUGGAUGUGUACGGCCGGGUCUACAGCCUCUCCACGGGGGGGGGGCUGUGGGAGCAGUGCCGCGACGCUCACAUGGAGUUCAAGCGCGUGACGGCCGCUCAGCAGUGCUGCUGGGGCAUCGCCUGCGACAACAACAUCUACCUGAACCUCCACGCGUCUGACCUGCCCGUUCGAUACAAGGAGGAGACCUACGAGAACCAGCGCUGGAAUCCCGUGGAUAGUUUCUCAGAUCGUUUGUUGCCUAGCGACCGCUGGCAGUGGAGUGAUGUGACCGGUCUGCAGCACCAGCCUCUGGACGGCUUCCUGCUUCCCUCCGACAGCUGGGAGUGGGAGGGCGACUGGCACGUGGAUGAAAACUUUGAGGGAGAGCCCACAGAGAAAGUGGGAUGGACCUACGCCAUUGAUUUUCCCGCCUACUACACCAAAGACAAGAAGUGGAACUCCUGUGUGCGUCGCAGGCGAUGGCUCCGCUACAGGAGAUACAGAUCCAUGGACACCUGGGCCAAGAUCCCCCCCCAGCAGACGACUCUCCCAGAUCCUUUCAGCGACAUCAGCUGUGGAGGAUGGGAGAUCAACGAGGAGCCCAGAGGCCGGCUGUCACUGUGGGCUGUCUCCCUGCAGGGCAAGGUUUGGUUCAGAGAGGGGAUCUAUCACCUGAAUCCUGAGGGCUCAGUGUGGGAGGAGGUGUCUCUCCCUGGGGAGGUGAUCCAGAUCAGCUGUGGCCCCGGGGAUCUGGUGUGGGCGGUGCUGUGGGAGGGCCAGCUCCUCGUCAGGGAGGGCGUCAGCAGAGACUGCCCCAAAGGAUCCUCCUGGGUCACGGUGGAUUCUCCCAGUCCUGAUGUGGGAGCCACACAUGUCGCUGUGGGAGUCAACGUUGUUUGGGCUUUGACCAAGGAUAACAAAGUGUGGUUCAGACGCGGCAUUAACUCCCACAACCCCUGUGGCUCGGGCUGGAUCAACAUGGUGGGAGAAAUGAUCAUGAUCAACGUCGGACUCAACGACCAGGUUUUGGCUAUCAGCUCUGAGGAUCGGGCGGUGUACUUCAGACAAGGUGUGACCUCUAGUGAGCUGAGUGGGAAAACCUGGAGGGCCAUCACUGUCCCCCGAGACGGAGACCGAUCCCACUCCAGUGCCAGCGCAAGCUCUCUGCAGAGUGCUGGAAUUUAUUUCUGUGGUGAGGUGCGCGCUCAGUCAGCAGUGAGCGAUGUGGAGUCGGAGAGAGGAUCUACAGACGGAGCCGCCGGCCUCGUCACCUCCUCCUCUCCCGAGUCCCUCGUUGAUGCCCCCACAGACCAACCUGUCGAGACCCCCAAACCCCACAUCCCCAAAGUCACCAGCGACAGCUUCAUCUCUGAACUCGUCUCUGACCGAGAACCGGCAAAGACUUCCAGAGAGGAAACUCCCCCUGCUGUUUUGGAGGAGGAACCCCUCGCUCUGGAGGAGGAUCUCAAAGACCCCUGUGCAGGUGUAGCUAUUCCCCCUCAGGACCCCCAGUGGUGUAACGUGGAUCUGGAGGAGGCGCAGAUUCAGCAGACUGGAGUUGUGUUGGACUCUGUGGACACCUGCAGCCUGUCGUCAGUGGCCACGUACACUCUGGCCAUGGAGGACCCGUACGGGGCAGAUGAGCGCCCUCUGUGGGCCUGGGUCAGCGGGGGGGGCUGCAACGUGGACAGUCACUCCCAACUCAACUGGUUCAACUCCAUGAACGCCUCAUCUUUGGUCCAGUCAGUCCAGUCCAUGAGUCUGUCCGUCAGCCCGGCACAGACGGCCGCCUGGAGGAGACAAAUCUUUGAGCAGCUCAGUGAGAGGACCAAAAGAGAGAUGGAUAAUUUCAGACAUUAUGAACAAGCCAUAGAACAGUCGGUGUGGGUGAAGAAGGGAACCAUGCAGUGGUGGAGAGACUGGAAGCCUUACAAGUGGAUCGACGUUCAUUUUGCCCUUGAGCAGUUUUCAGGAGCCGAGGGCAACAAGGACGGCAUCCUUUUCAUCUACUACAACUUUUAUGAGGAGAAAAAGUACCUGCACGCGUUCGUCAACGAUGUCACCAUCUUGGUCCCCGUGCUGAACGACUCCAAACACUCUUUUGCCAUCUACACUCCUGAGCGGACCAAACAGAGGUGGCCAAUCAGACUCUCAGCAGCUACAGAGCUGGAGAUGCAAGACUGGCUGGCGUUGUUGAGCGUCUCCUGCUGCGACUCCAGAGGGAUCCAGGGUCCUCCCUCCAAACAGGCCGCCUGGUCCAUCACCUGCAAAGGAGACAUCUUCGUCAGUGAGCCCUCCCCCAGUCUGGAGGCCAUGCCUUACCCCACACCCUGCGACCAGAUGUUUUGGCGGCAGGUAGGAGGUCACCUCCGUAUCGUGGAGUGCAACAGUGUGGGUAUAGUGUGGGGGAUCGGCUACGACCACACGGCCUGGGUCCACACCGGAGGAUACGGAGGCGGCUUCUUCCAGGGCCUGGCCAGCAGCACGGAUAACAUCUACACACAGUCAGACUCCAAGAGCGUCUACAUCUAUGAGAACCAGAGGUGGAACCCCGUCACCGGAUACACCAACAGAGGGCUCCCUACAGACCGCUACAUGUGGAGUGACUCAUCAGGACUUCAUGAGUGCACAAAAACAAAUAUGAAACCCCCCUCCCCUCAGUGGACAUGGAUGUCUGACUGGUCUGUGGACUACAGUGUGUCGGGGGGGGCGGACAGAGACGGCUGGCAGUAUGCGGCUGAUUUUCCAGCGUCGUAUCAUGGCCAUAAAACGCUGAAGGACUUUGUGCGUCGCAGGCGAUGGGCCAGGAAGUGUAAACUGACGACCACCGGACCGUGGCAGGAGGUUCCUCCCAUCUCCCUGAGUGACGUCACCAUCCUGCCGUGUGCUGCGCAGAUCAGCGUGGACGUGGUUCCUCUGUGGGCGAUCAGCAACAAGGGAGACGUGCUCUGCAGACUGGGAGUCUCCACACUGACGCCUGCCGGAUCCUCGUGGCUCCACGUGGGAACCGACCAGUCUUUCAAGUCCAUCUCCAUCGGAGCUGCCAGCCAGGUCUGGGCCAUCGCCAAGGACGGCUCUGCCUUUUACAGAGGAUCUGUCUCUGCAGAGAGCCCUGCAGGAGACAGCUGGUACCACAUCCCCUCCCCGGCCAAACAGAAGCUGAAGCAGGUGUCUGUCGGCAGGACGUCAGUGUACACUGUAGAUGAAAAUGGUAACCUGUGGUACCGGCAGGGUGUGACCCCCAGCUACCCUCAGGGAUCCUCCUGGGAACACAUCUCCAAUAACGUACGCAAAGUCUCCGUAGGGCCUCUGGACCAGGUGUGGAUCAUAGCGGACAAGGUGCAGGGCAGCCAUGGUCUGAGCUGUGGGACAGUGUGCCAUCGGCUGGGAGUCCAACCCAUGGAGCCCAAAGGACAGUCCUGGGACUACGGCAUCGGGGGUGGAUGGGACCACAUCACAGUGAGGGGGAACUGCAUGGAGCCGCCCCGCAUCCGUCUGCCCUCUCUGGGGGGCCUGGCCUCUCAGAGCUCCUUCCCCGUGAGCACGGAGGCCAACGGCAAUGCUGUAGGAUGCUAGACACACUCACACACACACACACACACACACACACACACACACACACACACACACACACACACACACACACACACACACACUAAAAAGUACUUUUAACACUGGAGUAGCAGCACUGCUAAUUCAGCUCUAAACUCUGGAGGACAGCCUUCAGUGUUCACGUCCUGCAGUCAGGGUCACGGAAAGUUCUCCGUUUUAGACUUUCAGAAUCUCAUAUGAGCUGAAUUUCUCUCCCUUUGCUAUCUGUCUUUGCUCACUGACAUUGAACUCACUGGUCUUAAUGCAUUUUGUCCAUAUUUAUUCAUCAUGUGUAUGUAGUUUCUUUGUAUAGACUCUAUAGAGUACCUCAUGUUCAGAUGAACUUGGAAAGGUAGGGUUUUAAUGAUAAAAUGAAAUGAAUGUACUUUAAUUAAAGCUACUUGACUGUUAACUGUCUGCCACUGGGCUGGUAUUUAAUACAACAUUUAAAAACAUGCUUAAUAUUAUCCUACAGGCAAAAGGUUAACACACUUUCCAAUAGACUAAAGCCUGAUUACUCUGGAACAUAAGAAAUCUGAUAACGGGAUAGAGCAAAUAAGGACCUUUUUUUUUCCGAUCUGACAGACGGCAGAAAAGCAUGACAGUAGAAUCUUCUAAAAAGGACUUUUGAAGCCGAUUUCUGGGUUUAUUGCGUCCAAAUGUGUGUGGAACCUGUGUGAAGUUAGGACAUCUUUAAAGCAAGGCAAGCUCUCAAACACACACACACACUUUUCUGUGAGCUUUAGUGUUUUAUUGGUACUACUGAGGCGCUUACUAAUUGUAAAAAAAAAAUGGCUUUGUAUUGUAACAGGAAAUGAUAGGGUUUUCCCAUUGACUUCUAUACAUUUACAGUGCUUUUGGAGCCUGUAUGUAGCAGCUUUAACAAGACAUGCACUGGCUUUAUUUACUUGUGGUGGUUGCCUUGUACCAACAGUGAACUGAUGUUUUAUAAAGCUUUUAUUUUUUUAAUUUAAAAUGUAGUUUUCAUGGAGUAUGUGCAAUGGUUAGCAUUAUAAAUAAGGGAAAAGUGUGGAUUACUUGUAUACGUUCUGUGGUUAAAAAUGCUAAAACUGAACCUUCCUCUUUCUCAGGAGCAUGUUUGCAUGUCGGCAUUUACUUCCUGUCGUUAGUAGAAUGACUGAGCGAUGAGAAGAAAAUAUCAAAAACAACUAUAUUUUUGUUAUAAAUCUGUAAAAUAUGAAUAUUAUGUACUUAGUAUAGUGCUGCAAUGGUAAAAUAGUAAGCUGGAAUAGUGUUUCUACUUUUGACAUGAGCUUUUACUUUAAAAACAUUAAUAAGUAUCCGUUCAGGCUUUAAUUUAUGUUAACAGCUGUCUAAAUUCCUCUGUAUCAUAAUGUAUCGUCUAAAUAUGAUGCAGCCUUUGUUGAAAUGUUGAAAGUGUACAGAGAUCCGUCUGUUUUAUCUGUGAAUAACUAACAUUGCUUUGUGUUACUGUAGCGUGCAACACAUCCCUGCUGUUGACAUUGUGGAGUACAUUUCUCAAGUGUUGUGCAUGGUCAAAGUAACAGUCCUUAUCUGUCAAUAAAUAAAUGUGUUUAUUGAUAG